AGUUGCUGGUUGCUUGAGAUAGAAGUAGCUGGUCGCGACAUUGAGCUUUGUUGUGAAUGCAGUACAGUAUUAGCUGCCACUAACAGAAAAGAUGGUGGUGUAUAGUGCUAAAAACUAAAUGUUUGACAGUACACGCUACGUGAGGUGUGACAGUUAUCCAGCCAGGUGGAGGAGCAGGUACAGUAGCUAUGUGGGUGUUCGGUUAUGGCUCUCUGAUCUGGAAGGUGGAUUUUCCCUAUGAGGAGAAGCGGAUCGGCUACAUUAUCGGCUUCAGCCGGCGCUUCUGGCAAGGCAGCACCGACCACAGGGGAGUGCCAGGCAAGCCUGGCCGAGUCGUGACUCUGGUGGAGGACCCAGAGGGUUGUGUCUGGGGCGUGGCAUAUAAGCUGCCGUCUGGCCGAGAGCAGGAAGUGAAGUGUUACCUUGACUACCGGGAGAAGGGCGGUUACCGCGUCAUCACAGUGAACUUUCACCCCAGACCCUCCGUGACCCCCACACAACACACUGACACUCCCCCUGAACCCAGCCAGGCUCUGCUCUACAUCGGUUCUAAUGACAGCCCUGACUACCUGGGUCCCGCCCCCCUGGAGCUGAUAGCCAAUCAGAUUGUAGAUGCUGUCGGACCGAGUGGACGGAACACUGAAUACCUGUUUUCAUUGGCUGAGGCGCUGAGGACCCUCCUCCCUGAAGACUCAGACACACACCUCUUCUCUCUCGAAGACCUGGUUAGAGAGAGACUAGCACACACACUUACUACAUGUGUGUCAGUAAACCAUCGCAGGGAUGCUGUAGAUUGUCAGUCAUGUGAUUGUCUCCAGGACCAUUCAGAGCUGGGUUAAGGUUAGUGUUAGGACCGUUCAGAGCUGGGUUAAGGUUAGGACUGUUCAGAGCUGGGUUAAGGUUAGGGUUAGGACCGUUCAGAGCUGGGUUAAGGUUAGGGUUAGGACCGUUCAGAGCUGGGUUAAGGUUAGGGUUAGGACCGUUCAGAGCUGGGUUAAGGUUAGGGUUAGGACCGUUCAGAGCUGGGUUAGGGUUGGGACUGUUCAGAGCUGGGUUGUGGUUGGGACUGUUCAGAGCUGGGUUGUGGUUGGGACUGUUCAGAGCUGGGUUAGGGUUGGGACUGUUCAGAGCUGGGUUAGGGUUGGGACUGUUCAGAGCUGGGUUAGGGUUGGGACUGUUCAGAGCUGGGUUAGGGUUGGGACUGUUCAGAGCUGGGUUAGGGUUGGGACUGUUCAGAGCUGGGUUAGUGUUGGGACUGUUCAGAGCUGGGUUAGUGUUGGGACUGUUCAGAGCUGGGUUAGGGUUGGGACUGUUCAGAGCUGGGUUAGGGUUGGGACUGUUCAGAGCUGGGUUAGGACUGUUCAGAGCUGGGUUAGGGUUUGGACUGUUCAGAGCUGGGUUCGGGUUAGGACUGUUCAGAGCUGGGUUAGGGUUGGGACUGUUCAGAGCUGGGUUCGGGUUGGGACUGUUCAGAGCUGGGUUCGGGUUAGGACUGUUCAGAGCUGGGUUAGGACUGUUCAGAGCUGGGUUAGGGUUGGGACUGUUCAGAGCUGGGUUAGGACUGUUCAGAGCUGGGUUAGGGUUAGGACUGUUCAGAGCUGGGUCAGGGUUAGUAGAAUAUGUACCAAACCUGCCAGGUCAGUGUUACUUUUUGCUGCGUUCAAAACAACUGGGAAUUCGAUAAAAAAACAAGCUCUGACUGGGGAGAAAUCGAUUUGAACGGUCAUCCAACUCGGGAACUCGGGCCUCUUUCUUGAGCUCACUGACGUCAUAAUUUGACCUUAUAUUUUAACAAAUUCCCAGCAGUUUUGAACGCGGCAUUAGCCCUAUCUCUAAGGACUGGUUUACUGUUCGAGAUCUCUCACGGUCCAGUGAUGUCAUUUAAACUUGUCUCACGGUCCAGUGAUGUCAUUUAAACCUGUCUCACGCUCCAGUGAUGUCAUUUAAACCUGUCUCACGCUCCAGUGAUGUCAUAUUAAAUAGCUGUCUCACUCUUCAGUCCAUAUAGACGGGUUGGUUAUUUAGCAACAAAACUGACGCAUUGUGGUAGUAUGUACAGUUGAAGUCGAAAGUUUACAUACACUUAGGUUGUAGUCAUUAAAACUCGUUUUUCAACCACUCCGCACAUUUCUUGUUAACAAACUACAAACUAUAGAUUUGGCAAGGAGGUUAGGACAUCUACUUUGUGCAUGACACAAGUAACUUUUCCAACAAUUAUUUACAGACAGAUUAUUUAACUUAGAAUUCAUUGUAUCACAAUUCCUGUGGGUCAGAAGUUUACAUACAUGAAAUUGACUGCGCCUUUAAACAGCUUGGAAAAUUCCAGAAAAUUAUGUCAUGGCUUUAGAAGCUUCUGAUAGGCUAAUUGACAUCAUUUGAGUCAAUUGGAGGUGUACCUGUGGAUGUAUUUCAAGGCCUAUCUUCAAACUCAGUGCCUCUUCGCUUGACUUCAUGCGAAAAUCUAAAGAAAUCAGCCAAGACCUCAGAUUUUUUUUUUUUGAACUCCACAAGUCUAGUUCAUCCAAACAAACAAUAGUACUUAAGUAUAAACACCAUGGGACCACGCGGCCAUCAUACCGCUCAGGAAGGAGAUGCGUUCUGUCUCAUCGAGAUGAACGUACUUUGGUGCGAAAAGUGCAAAUCAAUCCCAGAACAACAGCAAAGGACCUUGUGAAGAGGAUGGAGGAAACAGGUAAAAAAGUAUCUAUAUCCACAGUAAAACAAGUCCUAUAUCGACAUAACCUGAAAAGCCACUCCGCAAGGAAUAAGCCACUGCUCCAAAACCGCCAUAAAAAGCCAGACUACAGUUUGCAUCUGCACAUGGGGACUUUUUGGGGAAAUGUCCUCUGGUCUGAUGAAACAAAAAUAGAACUGUUUCGCCAUAAUGUCCAUCGUUAUGUUUGGAGGAAAAAGGGGGAGGCUUGCAAGCCGAAGAACACUAUCUCAACCGUGAAGCACGGGGGUGGCAGCAUCAUGUUGUGGGGGUGCUUUGCUGCAUGAGGGAUUGGUGCACUUCACAAAAUAGAUGGCAUCAUGAGGAAGGAAAAUUAUGUGGAUAUAUUGAAGCAACAUCUCAAGACAUCAGUCAGGAAGUUAAAGCUUGGUCACAAAUGGGUCUUCCAAAUGGACAAUGACCCCAAGCAUACUUCCAAAGUUGUGGCAAAAUGGCUUAAGGACAACAAAGUCAAGGUAUUGGAGUGGCCAUCACAAAGCCCUGACCUCAAUCCCAUAGAAUAUUUGUGGGCAGAACUGAAAAAGCGUGUGUGAGUAAGGAGGCCUACAGACCUGACUCAGUUACACCAGCUCUGUCAGGAGGAAUGAGCCAAAAUUCACCCAACUUAUUAUGGGAAGCUUGUGGAAGGCUACCCGAAACGUUUGACCCAAGUUAAACAAUUUAAAGGCAAUGCUACCAAAUACUAAUUGAGUGUAUGUACAUUUCUGACCCACUGGGAAUGUGAUGAAAGAAAUACAAGCUGAAAUAAGUUAUUCUCUCUGCUAUUAUUCUGACAUUUCACAUUCUUAAAAUGAAGUGGGGAUCCUAACUGACCUAAGACAGGGAAUUUUUUACGAGGAUUAAAUGUCAGGAAUUGUGAAACUGAGUUUAAAUGUAUUUGGCUAUGGUGUAUGUAAACUUACGACUUCAACUGUGUGUGUGUGUGUGUGUGUGUAAAAUAUAUAUAUAUAUAUAUUUUACACACACACACACACACACACACAGUGUUUUCAAAAAGUAUUCAGGCCCCUUCCGCAUUUUGUAAAGUUACGGCCUUAUUCUAAAAUGGAUUCAAUUUAAAAAAUGUCAAUCAAUCGACACAAUUCCCUAUAAUGACAGCGAAAACAGAUUUUUACAUUUCAGCAAAUUUUUUUAAGUAUUCAGACCCUUUGCUCUGAGACUCAAUUUUGCUCAGGUGCAUCCUGUUUCCAUUGAUCACCCUUGAUGUUUCUACAACUUGAUUGGAGUCCACCUGUGGUAAAUUCCAUUGAUUUGACAUGAUUGUAAAGGAACACACCUGUCUAUAUAAGGUCCCACAGUUGACAGUGCAUGUCAGAGCAAAAACCAAGCCAUGAGGUCGAAGGAAUUGUCUGUAGAGCCCCAAGACAGGAUUGUGUGGAGGCACAGAUCUGGGGAAGGGUACUAAAAAAAUCUGCAGCAUUGAACGUCCCCAAGAACACAGUGGCCUCCAUCAUUUUUAAAUGAAAGAAGUUUGGAACCACCAAGACUCUUCCUAGAGCCGGUCGCCUGGGCCAAACUGAGCAGUCGGGGAAGGGCCUUGGUCAGGGAGGUAACCAAGAACCCGAUGGUCACUCUGACAGAGCUCCAGAGUUACUCAGUGGAGAUGGGAGAACCUUCCAGAAGGACAACCACCUCUGCAACACUCCACCAAUUAGGCUGUUAUGGUAGAGUGGUCAGACAGAAGCCGCUCCUCAGUAAAAGGUACAUGACAGCCCGCUUGGAGUUUGCCAAAAGUCACCUGAAGAAUUUCAGACCUUGAGAAGCAAGAUUCUCAGGCCAAAGAUUGAACUCUUUGGCCUGAAUGCCAAGCAGAGGAAACCUGGCACCAUCCCUACGGUGAAGCGUGAUUGUGGCAGCAUCAUGCUGUGGGGAUGUUUUUCAGUCGUAGGGACUUGGAGACUAGUCAGGAUCAAGUGAAAGAUGAAUGGAUCAAAGUACAGAGAGAUCCUUGAUGAAAACCUGCUCCAGAGUUCUCAGGACCUCAUCCAAACCGGCCAGAACUUGAGAGGAUCUGCAGAGAGGAAUGGGAGAAACUCCCCAAAUACAGGUGUGCAAAGAUUGUAGCGUCACACCCAAGAAGACUUGAGGCUGUAAUCACUGCCAAAUGUGCUUUAACAAAGUACUGAGUAAAGGGUCUGAAUACUUAUGUAAAUGUAAUAUUUUGGGGGUUUUUGCCAACUUUUCGAAAACUUGUUUUUGCUUUGUCGAUAUGGGGUAUUGUGAUGUCAUUAUGGGGUAUUGUGAUGUCAUUAUGGGGUAUUGUGAUGUCAUUAUGGGGUAUUGUGAUGUCAUUAUGGGGUAUUGUGUGUAGCUUGAUGAGGGGGAAAAACCAUAAUACUUUGCGAAGGCACUGUAGAUGGAUAUACAGAACCAUAUCUAUCAUUUGGCUGUAUGUAUUUUUUAAUAUAGGCCUAUUGUAAAUGUGUAUUAUUGUUGCUCCACCAUCUUUAUUGCAAAAAGAAAUACAAGUACAAACAACUUCAAGCUACAUGUUAUUUUGACGGAGGUAAUAAACUGUCCAUUGAUCAACA